UUGAAAGUUUUCUAACAACCGUUCAAAACAAAUUCAACUAAAAUAAUUACCUAAUUCAACUAUUUAAAUUUUAAAGAAAGUUAGAAUAAAAUAAUAUUGUAAGAAAAAUGUCAGCGCUGGGGAGUUUGAGUCAAGGAAAUCAACAGUUACUGCAAGAUCUACAAAAUGAAUUAACGACCGCUAAUCAACUUCUAAGAUUGAUAUCAUUAGAAUUAGAGCAAAUCAAGACCUUUACUAACCCUGCAGGAGAUUUUGCAUCCAAUAUACAAAAGAAUGCAGAACUCAUGAAGAAGCUAGCAAACCUUCAACAGGUAGACCUAACCAACUUACCACCUUUUACUAGAAAAUACAUAGAUCUGAAUGAGAAUGCAAACCAAAAUGUGUCUUAUGUGGAACACAAUACAUUCAGAAAUGAGUCUGAAAUGGAUGAAAGCCAGUAAACAUAAUUAUGUAGUUUGUUUUGAAAGAACUGACAUUCAGAUUUACAGUGUCUGAGUGGGUUCCAAAGUAUACUUUAACCUCUUUUUAAUCUGCCACUAUUCUUCUUUUUCUAUGUUGUUUCACUUUUGGUAGAGCGACUGUGGUGCCACUAUAAGAGACAGUAAAAAUAUGUUGCGUAUUGCUUAGCUUUCCAGCAGACUAGGGAUUAAAUAAUGUUGUAGUGCCUGUCUGCCGUUAUGGACCAAAACUGUGAGUUUAUUUAUAUGUUUGUUGUAAUAAUAUAAGUCCGCAUUUUUGUUAGGUAAUUUAAUAUUUCACCUAAAACGUUUAACAUGUCAUACAAUGUAAGUAUUUAUGAUUGUUGAUACUAUAGUGAACAAAUAAUACUAUUACUAAGUAAUAAUAAGUGCUCAUAAGUUCGUUCUAUUGUUGUGUAAUUGGAAUAGUUAAUUAUAAGUAAUAAUAAUAAAACACAUUU